AUGAGGAAGAGUGGUGGAAGGUCGAGUGAUAGGGAGUAUGUUUCAGAAGCUGAAUCAGCAGGAAGGUGUAGGAAAUAUAAAUCGAAGAAGAAGCGUAAGAGCUUAAGGGACGAUGGAGUUGGGAAGCAGGGUGGAAAGCGUAAAAAAGUGGUAGAUAAAAAACUUGUAUUGAGUCCAGAGAUAUUCAGAGGUAUAGAAAAAUCUGUAGGCGGUGAAGUGAAGUCGCGCGGUGAAGUGCUGAAAACACAACUAGCUAAGUGUAAAGGGGCGCAAGCAAAUGUAAACUGUAGGGUUGAGACCUUAGGUAAAAUUAUUGGUGGUUUUUGUGAGAUGAAAAGGCAAUGGGUUAGAGACAUGGGUUUUGAGGGAUUACUUUAUUUGAGGGGAAGAGAUUACCACGGAAUUUUUGCUAUUGGUUGA